GAGAGAGAGAGGGAGAGGUGUCAAACAGGCCGAGGGAGAAGGAACCGGAAGACAGACAGAGACAGAAGAGACAGAGACACAGACGAGGAGCCAUGGUGAAGAUCAGCUUCCAGUCCGUCGCGGGACAGAAAGUGGAGAAGGAGGGCGAUGGCGACAAGAGCGAGGUCCUCAUUCCUCAUCCGAUGGAUGAGGAUGAGCUGGUCCUGCCGCUGCGUCCCAAGAAGUCUCUCCUCAACGGCCUGUGCUGCCUGACAUUUGGCCUGGUUGUGUUCAUGGCCGGUCUGGUCCUUGCCUCCAUCUACGUGUACCGCUACUACUUUAUACCUCACAUCCCCGAGGAGAACCUGUUCCACUGCCGGGUGCUGUACGAAGACUCCGUGUACGCUCCGCUGCGUGGGCGCCAGGAGCUGGAGGAAAAUGUCGGCAUCUACUUGGCCGACAACUACGAGAAGAUCACUGUGCCCGUGCCUCACUUCGGAGGCAGCGAUCCUGCCGACAUCAUUCACGACUUCCACAGGGGCCUGACCGCCUACCAUGACAUUGCUCUGGACAAAUGCUACGUGAUUGAGCUCAACACCACCAUCGUGAUGCCGCCACGCAACCUGUGGGAGCUUCUCAUCAACGUCAAGAAGGGAACGUACUUGCCUCAGACCUACAUCAUCCACGAGGACAUGGUGGUGACGGGCAAAGUGCACAAUCUGCGUCAGCUGGGCCCCUUCAUCUACCGCCUGUGCAACGGGAAGGACACGUACCGCCUGAACCGUCGUGUCACACGCAGACGCAUCAACAAGCGCGAGGCGAAGGACUGCCGCCGCAUCCGUCACUUUGAGAAUACAUUCGUGGUGGAGACUGUUAUCUGCGACGAAGCGUGAAAAAACACAACGGCCCUCCGUGUCGUCCCACCCUCCCUCCCGCCCGCCCGCCCGCCCGCCCACCCAAAGGCACAUCUCCGGUCACUGCCCCAGCCACUGUAGCACUCUCACCGGUGGAUCAGAUCAUGUCUGAGUUGCACUUUGCUCGUGAAUUUAGGUUCCAAUGUCCUUUUUAUUACAGAUUUUUCUUUUAAUCCCCCUGCCUGUCUGCCUGUUACCCUGACGUGUGAUGAAAUACUUAACUGUUGGUUCUGUCAGAGGAUUUUCCAUGUAGCAAAGUCCUCAAAGCCAAUAAUGAAUCAUAAUUUCCAGACCUCUCUUGUUGCUCUUUGGGGACUUUCAUGAUGGUAACUGUUGUUGGGGGAGGUGACUGUCCUUUUGUUUUUCUCUCCAGCAGCCCUGGGAGUUUCUUUAUGUCUCUUAGCUCUGCCAGCACAGUCAUCUACACAAAAGCAUGCCUUCUUGUUUUCUUGAAGCAAACCAUAGAUUUCACUCCUUUUCCCUCUUCCUCUUCCUGUUCUCAGUAAUGUAAACAUGUAACUGCUGAUUACUACUUGCUCGCUUGCACCUUUAUUCUCUUGCCUGUUGCUUCUUUGGCCUCGUUCUGUUUUUUCCACUUCCUUUUGUGUAAAUCGAUCACCAUUAUUUGUUUUUAAGGCUCUUGUUUGUCUUCCGCUUUUUCUUCUUUUCUUUUUUUUGCUUUUCAAAAAGCUCCUUAUCGCUGCACUGGUGAAUCAUAUUACAAUAAUAUCGUUUUUUUCCUUGCAUGUGUUAAUCUAUAAGAGAAAACCAGAACUGAUGGAAUGUUUUGUAAAUUAAUGUUUAAAGCCUUAGUCCGGAGUCGGAGACUGGACUAAAGUCAAUACUACUGAAAAGGAGCUUAUAAUAAUAAUAAAUGUUAGUUAAACAAAA